UUUCUCUCUCUUCUCCUUCUAAGCAUGUCAGAGUGUCUCUGCUUGCUCGCAGAGUUCGAGAGAGGACAAAACACAGACAGGGAGUUAGACGAAGGAAAGAGGGUUGGAAAGAGUUCUCUUUCUCAUGGUGUCUCCUUCUGGGCUGUUGAACUGAAUCAGAAGAAGGACUGGGACUUUGUUUAGGACUUCUUUUGAUUUCUGUAAGCAUUCAUACUUGGGACCAUUGUUGAAAGAAUGAGGUCCAGAAGCAGUGGGAUGGAGGCUCCUGACUGCGGACGCCUUCAAGUCAAACCGCCCAGCAAAGUCUACCAAAAAGACAAGGAGGAAGUAGACAGCAUUGAGGAUAUGAUUAAGAAAAGUCCUGUGGUGGAGAUGGAGAAGGAAGAGAAAGUAGAAGACGGUCCUGUACGUGUGAUAGUGCAGAAAUCGCAGAAUCCUGCAGAGGAAAAGUGCAGGAAGAAAGCAGGACUGAUGCAGCUUUCUAAAGAGGAGCUGCUUCAUUUGCUCGGCAUCAUGGAGGGAGAAGUGCAGGCUCGUGAGGACAUUAUUCACAUGCUGAAGUCAGAAAGGAUGCAGCCCGAGUCUUUGGAGGCUAAGUAUGGAUCGGCGGCCCCUGUCUCGCCUCUGCAGGCCUUACAGAGAGACAACAUGCUCAUCUCUAACAGGAUACGUGAGGAAGACGUCUACGAGCUCCCCAUGAUUGAGCUGGACCGUUUGGAGGAGAAGCACAGAGAGACGUACAGACGGAUGCUAGAGCAGCUCCUGCUGGCUGAGAAGUUCCACCGUCGUACAGUUAAUGAGCUGGAAUGUGAGAAGCGCAAACACAUUGACUUCAUGAACAAGAGCGACGACUUUACUAACCUGCUGGAGCAUGAGCGUGAGAGACUAAAGAAACUGUUGGAGCAAGAGAAGGCAUAUCAAACACGUAAAGACAAGGAUCAUAGCAAGCAACUAGGAAAAGUAAGAGAUGAGCUGGUGAAGCUGAAGUCCUUCGCUCUGAUGCUGGUGGAUGAGAGGCAGCUCCACGUUGACCAGAUUGAUCAGCAAAGCCAAAAGAUCAUGGACCUCGGCAAAAAGCUGCAAGAGAGAGAUCAAGAUCUGGAAAGUGUCACCAGCAAAUACAAAGAGGACAGUCAGAGAAUUCAAAAGUUAGAAGUGGAGUUAGAGCAUAAAGCUGCUAAGUUUUCACAGGAACAUGAGGACAUGAUGAACAAGCUCUCCAGCCAGGAGUCCCAAAACCGACAGCUACGCACAAAGCUGGCUGGUCUGUCUCGGAGAAUUGAGGAGCUAGAGGAAAGUAACAAAGCGCUUCAGAAAUCCGAAGAGGAUUUGCAAGAGUUAAGGGACAAAAUCAGCAGGGGAGAAUGUGGAAACUCAAGCCUCAUGGCUGAGCUUGAAACACUCCGUAAGAGAGUGCUGGAGAUGGAGGGAAAAGAUGAGGAGAUCACAAAAGCUGAAGCACAGUGCAAGGACCUGAGAAGGAAGCUUCAAGACGAGGAGAAUCACAGUCGUGAGCUGAAGCAUGAAAUCGAAAAGCUACAGAAAAGGAUGGCAGACUUGGAGAAACUUGAGGGUACUUUCAACGCAAGCAAAUCAGAGUGUAAGCAACUUCAUGCAAGCCUUGAACGAGAAAGGAACUUGACAAAGAAUUUAAGCAAGGAACUGGAAACUGUUAAAAAACAUGUUAAAGAGCUUCAGUGUGCCGAGUCGAUGCUUGAAAAGGCAGAAAGUAGCUUAAAAGAUGAUCUGACAAAACUGAAGUCAUUUACUGUAAUAUUAGUGGAUGAGAGGAAGAACAUGGCAGAAAGAAUUAAGCAAGAGGAGCAAAAAAGCGAAGACAUGAGCAAGCUGUUUAAGGCUGAGCAAGGCAAGGUCAUGGAAAUCACAGAGAAGCUGAUUGAAGAGAGCAAAAAGCUUUUGAAACUGAAGUCAGAGAUGGAAACGAAAGUGUCGGCUCUCACAAAGGAAAAAAAUGAUUUAAGGACUAGACUUGCAUGUGAAGAAGAGAAACAAAAUGAUCUCAAUGCAAAGGUCAUCCUAAUGCAAAAGAGAGUGGACUAUUUGGAGGAGGCCGAAAGAAAAGCCAGAAAUAGACCCGAUGUAGACAAGGCAAGAUAUGCUGAUGAAGACAAUAAAGUUAAGGAGUUAACAGAGGAGAUUGAUAGGCUAAAGAAUCGCUUGAAGCAGCUAGAGGUUGUGGAGGGUGAUUUGAUGAAGACAGAGGAUGAAUAUGAUAUGCUUGAAAAGAAGUUUAGAACAGAGCAGGAUAAGGCCAAUGUCCUUUCUCAGCUCCUGGAGGAAAUGAAGUCACAGAUUGCCAGGAACAAGGCCAUCGAAAAGGGGGAGGCUGUGAGCCAAGAAGCUGAAUUAAGAUUGAGGUGCAAGAUGGAGGAGGCCAAAACCAGAGAUUUGCAGGCAGAUGUCCGGGCUCUUAAGGAGAAGAUUCAUGAGCUGAUGAACAAAGAGGAUCAAUUAUCUCAACUUCAGGUCGACUACACGGUUCUACAGCAGAGGCUCAUUGAAGAGCAGGACAAAAAGAAAAGUAUGAGCCAACAGAUCCUAAACCUCACCAAAGAUUUAGAGGUGACUAAGCGAUACAGCAGAGCACUACGGCCUAGCAUGAAUGGAAGGAGGAUAGUGGAUGUUCCUCUCACUUCAACAGCCGUUCAGACAGAUGCACAUGCCAACGACGCUCUUGAAGAAGAGACUCCAGCUGUGUUCAUAAGGAAAUCUGUUCUGGAAGAAAAUCAUGUGAUGAGCAAUUUGAGGCAGAAAGGCCUCAAAAAGCCAGCAGUUCUAGACCGUUAUCCACCUGCAUCUACAGAACUAGGUGUAAAAAAAUCAUUGAUCCCUUGGAUGAAGAAGAAAGAAGCAAGUGCUGACACACAGGAUGGCUUAGACAAGUUGACUUAUAAUGUUAAUGGAGAUGCGUCACCUCAAGCGCCAGACUUAAGUAUGACACAACGACCAGGCCGGCCACUGCAUAUAAGGGUAACUCCGGAUCAUCAAAACAGCACUGCCACACUGGAGAUCACCAGUCCUCGUGCUGAGGACUUCUUCUCAAGCACCACAAUCAUCCCCACUUUAGGGCUGCAAAAGCCACGGAUAACUAUAGUUCCUAAACCCACUACUGUGUCACCAAAGGGCAGCUAUGAUGCAAUGGACAGGACCAAGUCACCAGUGACCAUUACGACCAUUUCUAGAGCCAAGUCACCAGAGGGUAGCAAGAUCUCCUAUCCUGACUCUCCAAGUUCUCCUGUCUCAGUCAUUACAGUUAGCACAAGCCCAGUAUUACAGGCGCCUAUCUCUCCAGAACCUCAGGAAACCUCAAGCAUCGGUCGAGCUGUGUUCAAGGUGACUCCAGAGAAGCAGACAGUGCCAACACCGGUCCGCAAAUACAACUCCAACACCAACAUUAUAACAACAGAAGACAACAAAAUCCAUAUUCAUCUAGGGAGUCAGUACAAGAGGCCUCAGGACUCUGGAAGCAGCCCUAUGCUCACAGUAAGGCCUAUGAGUGUAUCCACAGAGAACAAGGAGACGCCUGCUACAGGGACUGUCCUGCGUUCCCCCCGACAGUCCUCCUCCACUUCUAUAGGGAAAAGCACUCCUGGAAAGAUGACAAGUAGCAUCACCAUUACUCCCAUCACGUCUGCUCCUUCAAGGCCAACCCAGUCUGUGUCCGGGACGGAUGUGCAGUCAACUCGGUCUUGCUCAGCAACACGAAUCCCUAUGUCAAAAGGUAUGAAACCAGGCAAAACUGUAAUGGGCCUUGCUGCAGUAUCCAGGAUAGAGUCUCGAGCUGAAAGCCAGUCAAUGAAAAUUGAACUGAGGAAGUCUGCAGUAAUCAGCUCAGUGUCCACUGCAGGGGGCAGAAGCUGAGAGUUUUGGCACUCUGUAAUCGUUAAAGUUAAUUGAUCUAUGCUCAGAGCCACUGAUGUACCCGAGUAGUUUAAAGUGUACCUAUGAGGACUCAAAAUUGAAGCACUUACAGAUAACAGAUAAUAUCAUUAUCACCUCUGCUUUUAGAAAAUGUGAUUAUGUUUGUAUUUUAAAAUAUAAUAUGGUCUGGAAAGUAUACAGUAUGUAUAUAGUAUUGUAUAUACAUACUAUCUAAUGUAUAUUGUGUUGACACUUGAAUAUACUGAACAUACAGUUCUUUGGCUGGAAUGCUACAUCAUUUUCCCUACUAAAGCACAAUGUUAGGCUACUAACCCAUUGGCUGGGUUUUUGGUUUACUUAAGUGCCUUCUCUUAUCAUUUAAUUUCUUUUUGCUGUUUUGUUUGUUUUGUUUGACAUGAUAGUUUCUAGUGGAGGUUUCCAAAAUAUGAAAAGAAAAAAAAUUGCCUAUUUAAUAUAAUCUGUCAUGUUUGAUUCACUUGCACCAAGCCUUAAUAAAUGGAAAUUUUUCAUCCCUCUACAUCAGUAGAUUGCCUUUUACUGUUGACGUCUCACCGUUUACUUGUAUAACAAGUUAAUAAUAUUAUUUGCAUCAAACAUGGACUAGGAAACCUCCAAUAGGUGUCCCAUGAUGCCAUACAUCAUGCUUCAUUUAAUUCUUCUUUCAUCUGCAAUUCUUAAUUCAUCUGCAUAAACACUGAUAAGGCACCAUAAAAUGCUUUACUGAGCAUGCAGCACUUUCACUAAACAUGAACGGCAUUCGGUUACUGAGACUGGCUUAAAGAUCUUAAGCAGAGCAAAUGUCAGCUUUGUUAUAAUUCAAUAUUAGGAUUCUUGCAGGAAAAAAUGCAUUAACUCUCAAACAGAUGACUUGUUAUGGGUGUCUUACGCCACUUGCUGGAUAUGGCAUGUACAUAAAAUCUUUUUUGUUGGUAUUUGAGACCUAAGUUUGGUGCUACAAUAUCAGACUAGAUACAAGCAUUAGAUACAAACAUGUCAUGUGUAAUUUAAUUUAUCACAUUUGUGUAGUGGUUCUGGAAAACCCAUCAGAUGGGGCAGUGCCUGAAUUCCUGCAAAAAAAAGAAUGAAAACAUACAAACUGGUUUUGGAAAAAAAAAAUGGGGUUUUCCCUCUAUACUAUUCUUUGUAAAUAUAUUUUUUAUAUAUAUUUAUAUAUUUUAUAUCUACCUUUAGAGAUAAUGGUGGGUAAAGAGACAACUAAACAAACAGGAUGGUUAAAAGAAAAUUAGACAUAUCUGUCUAAUGAUAAUUAUAACCUUCCUGCUUACUGAUUUCUUUACAUAAUAAAUGUCAAACAUUUUUAUAAAUGUUGGAUGUUUGUUGGAGAACUACUUUCUGCAGCCUGAUCAGUUCAGUUUAUAUAAACUCAUAUGCACAUGAAUGUCAAAAUUUCAACUCAAAAUGAAGACAAUUUUUUUCAGAACUAUUUAUACUCCCAUUGUGAAGGGUUUUUCCAUGCCACCACACAAAUAAACACCAGUGCAACAAGAUUCAACACUUACAAAACAUCGAUCAUCUGAGAACAACAAUCUCACAUUCUGGACAGAGAAGACAAAGUUUGACAAAGGAGUGAAAGAAGCCAUCUAUGUCAAGACAUCUCUGAAGCAAAGUUUUUGAAGUGAACAGUUAUCCUCACAGAGCUUUAUAUAUUUAGCCCUCAAUGUUCAACAUAUGUUCUUGCCAAGCUUCAUGAUGUCAUAUGUGCUUAUCACAGGUAGGGUUAAAAUGCUGGGGAAUUUCCCACCAUUUACUGGGAAUGAUACAAGAUAUCACAAGUCUAGACUACUAGUAUUAUUAUUGGAUGUGUUUCUCGUGUACCUGAAGAUCAGGCAAAAAAUAAGAAGUGACAGAUGAGAAUAUGUCCAAGACACACAUUUGUUUUUACUAAAAAUUUUGAGACAACAGACAAAAUUCAAGAAACAAGAAAACAAAGAAAAUUCCUACUAAUGUGUGGUCCAGGCUUUUUAAAUCAGUAUCCAUUCCAUUAUAUCAUCAGACACGAAAAACAAAUGUUCUGUGUUAUUUUUAUUUUGGAAUAUUUCUUUUCUAAUCAUUUUUCCAUCGAUUGACUAGCGCCAGCUUUUCACCAAAGUGCUGUUCAUAAUAAAUUCAGCUAACAUUCAGUCAAAUGUAAUUCAGUCAGAAAUUCUUUCAGUAUGUCUAAAUCUUCAUGUAGAUGUGAUGACCAACAUCAUUAAGAUACACAAUCAAUACAUACUGUAGCUUUAGUAUCCACUUCUGUUCAUUAACUAGCAAAGUUUUUUCCCCACUGAAGUUUUUUCCCCAUUUAGAAUUUUUAGAAAUACAGAACAUAAUAUUUAAUGAUGAUAUGAAACUGCAAUGUGGCAAAAUGUGCUUUGGAUGACAGAUUUCCAUUAGGAGGCACUGCAGCACAUAGUGGUAGCUUUGCUGCCUUACACCUCCAAUCCCCAAUUUGAUCAUGAACUUGGGUUACUGUGCAUAUGGAGUUUCACACCAUGUCACUAAAGAUCUAUCAAUAAAAUAAUACUUUUACUUAAA